CCAUGGAAACGAGUGACUCAUUCGCGAAAACGUGUAUCUUUUUUAAAUUGUUUUUCUUUUUCCACUAAUGUUGUUUACAAUUAAUUCUCUUGAUUUGUAAUAAUUAACUAUGAAGAUUAAUUUAAAAGAAAGUUUUAAGGUUCAACAUCGGAUCCAAGCUUCAUUCACUCAUGGUUACCUUAGGAUUGAUGAUUCUGGUGAUCAUAUUUUAACAUCUACUGGUGAUACAAUUAAAAUAUCUUCUGUUUCUGAUGGAACUGAGGUUGCCAGUAUUAGAGAGAAAAUUUCUGAAGAUGUUGAAGAUGAAGUGAUUGAUUUUGUCACUGGUCAUCAUGAUGGAGUGGACAAAGUAUUUGCUGCUUAUCGUAGUGGUCUUCUUAAAGAAUGGACUUGGAAUAGUGAGGGUGCCAACUUGAAAAGAACAUGGAAAAGUCUUCAUACUGGUCCAGUUUCUACUUUAGCCAUUGAUGGUGGAGGAAAAGGUGAUCUCUUAGCUUCUGGUUCCGGUGAUACAAUUGUUAAGGUUUGGGAUGUAAUUAAACAAUAUUGUACUCAUCAUUUGAAAGGAUGUCGAGGUAUCAUUUCCUGUAUUCAAUUUUACACCAACCCAUCAGGAACCAAGAUGAUCAGUGCUUCGGGUGAUCUAGAUUAUUGUGUUAAUAUAUGGAGAUUGGAAGAUAGUGAACUGAUUGCCCGUCUCGAAGGCCAUUGUAGUCGAGUCAUUGGGAUACAAUUUUAUUCACAAGAUGAUAAAGAUAUCGUUAUAACUGCAAGUCGUGAUAUGUUGGCAAUUGUUUGGUCUAUUGACGAUGGAAUAUCACUUCGUAAGAUUCCUCUUUUCGAAGCUGUUGAAUCAAUGGUUUUACUUCCUCAUGGCACUGAAACGGGUUUUCUUGAUGUAAAAAAGAGUAAGGGAAAAAUUUUCCUUACCGGUGGACCUAAAGGUGUCGUCAAGGGUUGGGACACUAGCACUGGUAGCUGUGUAUUCACUCAGAUUAAUUCAAUAACAGGAAAAACAAAGGAGUCAACCGAUAAUGAUGAUCAACAACCAAAUGAAUUUAUUAUCCAAUGUUUACUUCAUCCUGAUCUAUCUAAAUUAAUUGUUGUCUCAUUUGAACGAAAUAUUUUAUUCUAUAAUCUGGCUGAGUUUAAUUUGGUUCGACAAUCGAUAGGAUUUAUCGAUCAAGUGACAGACAUUAAAUUCGUUGGAUCAGAAGAGAAGCACAUUGUAGUAGCUACGAAUUCACCGAAUAUGUUUUUAUUUAAUCUCGAAACAAUGGAAUCAUUUAUAAUAAAAGGACACACUUCGAACGUCCUUUCAGUUCAAGUUUAUCCACUGGCCAAGACGCUUUUCGCAAGCUCAUCGAAAGACAAUGACAUUCGUCUCUGGGAAUUUAAUCCAAUUACAAUGUCAGCAAAAUGUUUAUACAUCGCCAGUGGUCAUUCCAUGUCAGUUAUAUCUAUCGGUGUUCCAAACAAAUCAACCAAGUGGCUUUUCUCUGGAUCCGAAGAUACAACCAUGAAAGUUUGGAAACUUCCAAACAAGAUAAAGAUCGACGAUGACUCUGAAGAAGCUCUUUCCACUCUGGAAACUGUAAAAGCCCAUGAUGGUGAUAUUAACGCUAUCGCAGUUUCGCCUAACGAUCAACUUUUAGCCUCUUGUUCACAAGACAAAACGGCAAAGAUUUGGUCAUUCGAUAGCAAAUUAAGUCUUGUUGGUACCUUGAAAGGUCAUCGCAGGGGCAUAUGGUCAAUCUCUUUCUCACCGGUCGAUUCAAUUGUUGCCACCGGAUCAGCUGAUACUACGAUUAAAAUCUGGUCUCUAAACGAUUUCAGUUGUUUGAAGACACUUCAAAGUCACGAAUCAUCUGUAUUGAAUUUUGUUUUCGUCAACAAAGGUCUUCAGAUAAUUUCCAGUUCAUCUGAUGGUAACCUCAAACUUUGGACAGUUAAAUCAGGUGAAUGUUCAACAACCUUAGACGGUCACACAGCCAAAAUUUGGGCUCUAACAAUCAACAGUGAUGAACAAUUAAUGAUUAGUGGCGGUGAAGAUUCACAGUUGAUCGUAUGGAAAGAUGAUACAGUUGAAAAGAUUGAAGAAGCCGCUAAAAAGGAUGAAUUAUUUAUCGCUAAUGAGCAGCAAUUAAUGAAUUACAUUCAACAACGAAAAUGGACCAAAGCAUUGAAAUUAGCAAUUAAACUGGAUCAACCUUUCCGAGCUUUAAACAUUAUCAAGGAGAUACUUUUCAGCCCUGAUGAAAAUAAAUUACAAAUCCUUGAAUCGUCAUUAAAAGGACUACGAGAAGAUCAACUAAUAUCGUUAAUUAAAUACGCAAUUAACUGGAAUACCAAUAGUAAAAAUAGUGAAGCAGCUCAAUCAAUUUUUAGAGUAACAUUAAACCUCCUUGGACCAGAAGGGAUCCUUAAUUUAUCCGAAUCAAAGGAAAUUGUUGAAGGAUUUUUAUCAUAUACUAAACGACAUAUGAACAGAAUCAACAAAUUAGCUGAACAAAUUACCGUUAUAGACUUUUUGUAUUCUAAUAUUAAAUUAGAUUAAUUGCUACCAAUUAAUUUGAGAGGAAAAAAAAUUUAAAACCAGAGUUUUCCUUGUAAAUAUUACAUUUUGGACGAAAAAUAUACAAAAAUGAAAAGAUAUUAACUGUAA